AUGCACCACACCCUAGAACCGCUGCGGCCCACAACUACCACUACCCGCAAGCCCGCUGGCACCGGUCCAAACCGCAUGCGUGCCACAUCCAUCACGGUCGUCGAACCGAUCCGCGAGAAGCUCGUGCCCACACCACCCCCGAAACCCUCAAAGGCAAAGAAGACACUCAAGGUCCUGGGCGAUGGCCUCGGCAUGCUCGCCUACAUGCUCUGCAUCUGCUGCGUGCUCAGCGGAGAGCAGCGUCCUCAGGCGAAGAAGACUAGUAAGGGGUACUAUUACCAGUACGAUGAGGGGUUCGCUGAGAUGGAGGGGACGAGAGUGAGGAAGGUUGAGAGCAGUGGGCAAACCUCCGUCGGCUCGAAGCCGAGGAGUGAAAGGGUCGAGAGAGUUCGGUAG